AUGGGUCCGACGCAAGUUAUCACGCACAUUCAUACAAGACCCAGAGUUGUACGAAUGCAGGGCACAAACACCAGCACCGUGGUUGCGAACCGAAGCGAACGGGGCACUUCUCCAGUCUCCAGAUUCCAGAUGGGGAAUUUUGGACAGGCACGGGGAGGGACUGUCGGAACCACCAACCGACGACUCGCCUGGCUCUUGAAUCCACCUCUCGGCUGCGGCGCCAUCUUGACAGCACUCUUAAGGGGCCACGUAUCCGUUUUCUCCUGGCAGAUCAACCAGAUUACAAUUCCACUAUCGACGAGCUCAGAAGAUGUCGUGAUGGCGUCCACCUCCGACCUCCCGCCGGCUCCCACCCCGCAUUUGCGGGGUUACCCUCAUGGCUGGCCGAGUCUAGACGUCUCCGUCCCGGAACGAUGUGUCUUUCGCAUCUACUGGUCACCGGUGCACGUACCAACGCACCACAUCAGCAUCAGACAUGAGGGCCUUUCUUCCGGUUUCCCAGCAAGGGCGAGGACUAAACCCUCCGACGAUCCGUUCCUUUCCUCCCAUGCGCUUCCGUCUUGCCUUGCAUCCCCGCCCACCAUGCGUUUGUUCAGGUUGGUCAGCCUCCACGUUGCACCAGGCGAACCAGCUCGUUUUCGGCUGAGUCGUGCGCUUCGCUCACUGUCUGCCGUACCUCCACCCCGAACAUCCCGUCGACGGUCUCGCGGCCACUCGCGGCAUACAAACAAUGCCAAGCUGCUCCCGACCCCAAAACAAACCCCCCUCCCUCCUCUCCAGGCUCUAGUCAACGUCGGGCAUCUGCACACCGUGCAGCAAAAUCCAAGGAGACCCUCGAAUCACGUCUCGUCCUGCUCCGCUGAGACAUUGGCCAGGGGUCCCCCUCCGGAGCACAACGUCACGUUCACCGGCGCACCAACCAACAGCGAACAACAAAUCAACCUUCCCUCGUCGAGAAGGCUGACAGGACAUGCAACAAUCCAGCACAUUAAUUUACGGCGAAAAGCGCUUUCGUGUGCCCGCGAGCGUCGAGCACACCUAGACCUUUGCCAGCAACCCACGCAUUUAACUGAUAACCGCAAUGACACACCAGAAGGCGCCCAACCGGCCCCAACAUCGUCGUCUCCCCGCUCAGCUGCCGUGGACCCCUCAUAUCUCCCCUAUCUCAACGCCAACGCCUCCCCAUGUCCUAGACACCACGCAAAAAUGAUGCAUACACCACCAUUACACAGGACACGCUUCCCUUGCUUGGAAAGCUCAUUACGAUUUUCCCCCUUUGGAUCCCGUGACUCUGUCUGCGCCUCCUUACAGUGUAAAAGAAGUAUCAAAACAACUCACAUGACCGUACUCCUCGCGUUUCGCCGUCGGCUCUUGGCAUCCACACGAGAGACCACGGGACCAAAAAUUCUUCCCCAACUCCAUGACAUCCGCGAGGCUACGGAUACCUUGACUUUUUUAAACAUCAUUAGGCUAUGCUGCGCCUUGGUCGUCUACACGCGGCACAAUUGCGACCACCAUUCCAUCACGUGUCGGCGGGGAAUCUUCCUCAUGCAUCGCACUCCUAUCCCGCUACAUCUUCAACUUCCCAAAGCAUCCCGCUCUGCCCUCUCCGCCCACCAGCACCACCUCAUUGACCUUAAUCCGUUUGAACAUGCUUCCCUCCUCACCCCCUGCCCCCCCCAAACCUCCAAUCGAUUGAAUUUUCGUCACCCCGCAAUGCGAUCUCGAAUAGAAUAA